AGUAUGAUUACUUGCUCCCUAAUUCUAUUCUUAAUUAUUUUAAUAAAUUAUCAUUUAAAAUAUAAAACAAAUGGGUGUUCUGAAAUGAAAAAUCACUUUAUUUGUUUGGUGGAAUGCAAAAUGCGAGAGCUUCAAGGCGAAAGGCACGAUCUUGGCAUUGUUGGGGAGCCUUGUGGAGGUUGAGGGAGUGCUCAGCGGAGGUGGAGGGAGGAAUGCGAUGAGGAAUCUGAUCGGAAGUUUGGUGGAAUUCUUGAGCAGCGAGGACUGGGCGGCCAGGAAGGCCGCGGCGGAGGCGCUGACGAAGAUGGCGGUGGUUGAGAGAGAUGCGCUCUCUGAAUAUAAAGCUUCUUGCUUGACUUUUGAAGCUAAGCGAUUCUACAAGGUGAAGGCUGCGAGGGAGACGAUGAAUCAGAUGGUGGAACCUUGGAAGGAGAUUCCUGAUCUAAUCAUCUUGAUUCUUAAGUAAUGCAACUUUAUUUUAUUUGAGAAAAAAUUAGAACAAGUAGUACCGCACACAAAGGGUUUGAUAGAACACCCAUUUGUUUUAUAUUUUAAAUAUAAUUUAUUAAAAUAA